CAACAUGUGAGUCACAAUAUGUUUGAACAUAUUCCAUCAGCUGAUGCAAUCUUUAUCAAGUGGGUUUUGCAUGAUUGGAGUGAUGAUGAUUGUGUAAGAGUGUUGAGAAGGUGCUACGAGGCUAUACCAGAAAAUGGAAAAGUUAUUAUCGUUGAUGCUCUUAUUGUUGAAGGGAAAAAAUAUGAAGAUAACAAAGAAAAUCUACAAAGGGGAGUGGGAUUGGCAUUUGAUAUGGAAAUGAUGCUAUUGAUUACUGGUGGAAAGGAGCGAACAGAGAUGGAAUUUAAACAAAUUCUUAGCAAAGCGGGUUUCAAAAGCUACACCAUCUUCAAAUUACCAUCUAUUCAAAACAUUAUUGAGGCUUCCAAGUUCUAAACCAAUAGAGUGUUUGUUCUAUAGCCGCAUUAUUAGUGAUGUAUUAGAUGCUCCAUGCAUACGUUCAAAGUACUUUGUUAUAAAAAAAUUACCAUCAUCACUUAAAGGAGUGAUAAAUGCAUCAUUCUUUUAGGGGAGAGUCAAUUACUUGUUCCUAGAGCUCUUUGGAUUGGUUUAGUUUCAAACCACCUUGAGUUAGUUGAUCUUUUGUUGUUCUUUUUCUUCCUCAAUUGGGAUGUGAGUGUUGUGAGUUGCUUCUACCCCAUGGGUUAUUUGUUUUAUGGCGACCAUCAUAGUAAUACUUUUUA